ACUAACGCCGACAGUGAGUCGGUCUGCUCGUUCGUUGUGUGUCGUGAGCGUGUGCAAGUUGCUUCGGGUGAUGCGCUUCCGCCGUCCGCUUCCGAUCCGACCAUCCGGCCAGCCGAGACGGCCGAUGGGGCGACGUACGCGGAACUCCUGCCCGCCCGGAACGAUUCCGACCAGCGACUGUCGAACGUUUACGUGGACAUGGAGGCGUGUCUGUUGCACGAGCUCGAUGUGGAACAAUCGUUCCAGUAUACUAACCUUAGUAGCUGCGGUCCGCGCCAGCAGCCGCUGAUCGCAUCCGCAGCGGACGAAAGCUUUGGCGCAUCCUGCGAACUGCCUAACCCAACUAACACGGACCACCAGCGCCACGCGCUGCAGUACAGACGCUUGCGCACUCAUGCUAGCAGCGAGGACAGUGAGGUGCACCUGCUGAACCGGCAAUACCCAUGCCAGGCCGCCGAUGAGCCCGGUGCUGGCGAAGAUGAUGACGAGGAUGAUGAUGGGGCAGCGAGCUGCACAAACGCCGAUGAGCUGAACGAUUCCAAGAACAAUCUGCUGCGGGAGGAGAGCUUCGAUGAAAACCAGCGGCACCAGCUGUCGAAUUGUUCGGCCUGGCGACGAAAAUCCACGGAAGAGGGAGAAACGGAUGGGAAGUAUCUUACGAUGCGGAAAGAGGUAGCGAUACCGGCGCCGGAAGCGAUUCCUUCCCAGGAAGCUCAGUGGAAGUCGUCGAUCGAGCGACACCUGGACCACAUCGAUGCACUGAACCAGAAGCUAGACGAGCACCAGCGACUGGCGGCCCGGCUGUCCGAAGAGUACGAAUACAUUCGGGUGCAAACGCUCACCCGUCCUGUGGUGGCGCCACAGCCCCAGAAGCCCCUUCCCGGCGCAACCAAACCACCGACGCAGACGUUCGAGAAGGCAAACAGCUUCCGGGAGAAGAUCCGGCGCCGCAUCAAGGGAACGAAGCAGGACAGUGACCGACAAGCCGAUCGUUCGGUGUCACCCGACAACCCGGACCAACCCGAAAGCUUCUCGGGACGGCUAAGAAGCCGCAUUACAGCCCACCACAGCCAGCGACAGUUUCGGCUGAUGAAGGACACGGACUCGGCCAGCCCAUCCACCGACCGCUCGAUUGCGGAGCGGCUUCCGCCCGGCAGCUCUGCCGCCGGUCGCAAAAAGAAGAAACGCAAAGCAUCGAAAGCGAACCGGGCCGCCCGGCAGCAGCUUAGUCGCGGCGGACCGGAUGGCCACCAGCCGGAACGGCACCAACCGUUGCACCCCCAGCAGGCCUUCUCGGAAGAUGAACUGCUAGCCGAAGAGCAGCCGGCACUGUCGCCGGAACAUAGUGGCGGUCCGCGUGCUACUGCCGCCAGCGGGCUGGGAACGUCCUUCUCGCAAACGGUGCGUGCCACUUGGCGCGAACUGAUCCACUCCACCAACAAGGUAAAGGAUUCGUCCAUGAAUCUCGCCCUCCGGUCGGACCGGCCCGAGGAGAAGCUGGACCUGAUCGCGGCCGAUCCGGACCGGCAGGGUUUGCUCUCCAUUCGGUUCACCUUUUCCGAUGGAGGGCGCAAGCACCAGCUGGUGGAUGGUAUGAUGACGUCGGAUAUGCACACCACCGCCGAUUACUGUGUUCCACUGCUUGUAGCCCGAAGCGAAGACACCCAACUGCCGGCCGGCUCCCCGGACGGAGAUCAGCGCCCGGAGACGCCGGUCUUCGCCCAGCGGGCAAGCAAAGCGGGCCCCAGUUUAAAGAGCAACCUUCGGGACAAGCUGACCAAGCUGGUGCACAAGAAAACUGCCAGCGGCGGCUCGGUGCAGUCGGGGGGCCGUUCGGUGGGGACUGCGCAAGAAGUUUGCCGCACCUGCUCCAAACGGAUCGUGCAGCGUUCGGGCAGCGAUGGCGGCGGUGGCAUGCAUGCCAGCCGUACGGUGCUGGAUUUUAGGAAAGAGUUUCCCGACAUUGACAUCUGCGAGGGUGGCCACGAUCACCUGGAUGGGGCCACUUCGGAGAUGAUCAAUCUCGAGUACGAAGACAUUGAUGUGCUAACGAUCAAGCCCCACAAACUAAUCGAUCCCUCCGCCGAGGGUGGCAUCUGUGUGAGUAUGACUCUAUCGACAAAUCGUCCCCUGCACGAGGAAGAAUGGUUCCACGGUGUACUGCCACGCGAGGAGGUGGUCCGGUUGCUGCGCAACGAAGGCGACUUCCUGGUGCGCGAAACAACGCGCAACGACGAGAGCCAAACCGUACUGAGUGUCUGCUGGAACGGACACAAACACUUCAUUGUGCAAACGACGGCCGAGGGCCACUAUCGUUUCGAAGGGCCAGCCUUCCCAAGCAUACAGGAGCUGAUCGUGCACCAGUACCAGUCGGAGCUGCCCGUCACCGGCCGCUCCGGUGCAGUGCUGCGCAAACCGGUCCUGCGCGAGCGCUGGGAGCUCAGCAACGACGAUGUGAUCCUGCUGGACAAGAUCGGACGCGGCAAUUUCGGCGACGUGUACAAGGCCAAGCUGAAGUCGUCGAAAAACACGCUCGUCGCUGUCAAGACGUGCCGGAUGACGCUGCCAGAGGAGCAGAAGCGCAAGUUUCUGCAGGAGGGUCGCAUCCUGAAGCAGUACGACCAUCCGAACAUCGUCAAGCUGAUCGGCAUCUGCGUGCAGAAGCAACCGAUUAUGAUCGUGAUGGAGCUGGUGGCGGGCGGGUCGCUGCUCAUGUUUCUGCGCAAAAACGCCAGCACGCUCGGACAGCGGCAGAUGAUGGGCAUGUGCCGGGAUGCGGCCGCCGGCAUGCGCUACCUCGAGUCGAAGAACUGCAUCCACCGGGAUCUUGCCGCCCGCAACUGUUUGAUCGGCAGUGAGAAUAUAGUGAAAAUCUCCGACUUUGGAAUGUCCCGCGAGGAGGAGGAGUACAUCGUUUCCGGAGGCAUGAAACAGAUCCCGAUCAAGUGGACCGCACCGGAGGCACUGAACUUCGGCAAGUACACCUCCCUGUGCGACGUCUGGUCGUACGGGAUACUGGUGUGGGAAAUUUUCAGCCGCGGCGACACGCCCUACUCCGGCAUGAGCAACUCGAUGGCACGCGAGCGAAUAGACGAGGGCUACCGUAUGCCGGCACCGGAAGGGGCACCGCCGGAGAUGUACCGGCUCAUGCUCAAGUGCUGGUCGUACGAGCCGGAAAGCCGGCCACACUUUGACGAGAUCUGCAGCGUGGUCGACGCACUGCUGCUCUGCACCAAGGACUGACGGCGGCAGGUGGCACAACGCAACGACGAAAGGAACAUCAUGCCGCUGAAGGCAAAGGAAGCAGCCACCGGUGGUGGAUGGCCAGCUGCCCGGGGGCUGUGGAAUGAGGGGCUGACCAUGUUGCAACGUUUACUCAACGCUACCAAUGGCGCUUAGUGUGUGUUUGUGUGGCGCUUGCGUGGCGAAAUUAGACGGCACUGAUUGGUUGCAGCGAGAGGUAUACAAUACGAUAUGAUGGUGUGCAUCUCUAUCAAGCCUUCGGCCAGCGCUAAGCAGCUUUUCGUUUAGCUUUACAUUGCAUUAGAGAACGAGCCGUUGCAGACAGCGCACACAGAACAGUGUCGAUGGAGAUGGAAUGGCAAAAUGACACCACACGAGUGCAAUUGAACAGCAAGAAACAUGUAUACUUAUAUUCUAAGAACAAGGUGCUUUUGGUAGAUGGAAACAGUUAGAGAACAAGAUGGUAGAUGCAAAGUUAGAAGAUAGGAAAUUAGAUAGCGAGAGCAACAUUACAAGAGCAAGAACAAGGACAGCGUGCAGGGGCGACCGGACUAGCUGAUCACCGCCUGAUCCUGUGUACAGGAAUGUGUUGGACAAGCGUUUACAAACUGCGUUAGGUUAGUGGUUAGUUGAGCUACAUUUAAAUUAGCUGACAACGAAACACACAGCACAAAUAUAGAGGUAUAGUAUAGAGGCGAAAAAGGGCAUAUGGGGUGUGCGGGUGUGUGUGUGUGAAUGUGCAGGAACAUGGUGGGAUUCGUAUUUUAAUCGAAUAUGUAUGUAAAGGUAUGUUGCGAACUGUUGUCAAACAUCGCAGGCCUAACUAACUAUAGCUAGUUGGAAGAAAGUGUAAAUGUUGCAAGGUGUGGUUGAAUGACGAGUGAACGUAUACAAGAAUGGCUGAGCAUGAAUCUUAAACAAUCUUGAACAGCAACGUACAGUGAAUCAAAUACGGGAAACCUUGUGCGAGGGAAUGGGCAGGAUGCGAACGAGAUAUUCAUGUGUGAUAGAUGAUUAGAUAGCGGGGGGGAAGGGGAACGGGAAUUUUUAAAUGAUCGAAAGAACAUAGAUAGAGCAGAGAAAUAGAGAGAGAGAAAAAAACGCGAAAUGAACAGAAACGAGACGAAGCAGUGCAAUGGAGAAUAGAUAGUUUAGAGUAGUAAACAAAAAUCAAAAGAAAUAUUAUCCUUGUUGCAGCAGCUGCGUGUAAAAAGGUGUGUGUGUGUGUGUGUGUGUGUGUGUGUGUGUGUGUGUGUGUGUGUGUGUGUGUGUGUGUGUGUGUGU